UUGCAGAAUAGAAGUUGGUCAAUUUAGAUAUGAUGAAUAUUGGUAUUUGUUCAGAAAUAAAAUAUAGUUCGUGGCCUAUGUUCGUCGAAAAGAUGGUGACGAUAGCCGUUGUACGUCAACAACUCGCAAAUUUGAUACAUUCUGGCGGUUCUCACAAGGAUCAAGCCGAAAAAUAUCGUUCAAUUUUAGAAUUGAUACUAACAUCGGCUAACUCAAACCAAAUACAAGGAAACGGCGAGCUUGUCGAUGCUUUAAAAAUUUUCAUCGAAUCAAUUGUUAAUGAAAAUGUAAGUUUAGUAAUAUCAAGACAAGUUUUAUCAGAUGUUAGUAGUAAAUUACAAAGUCUACCUGAUGAAAUUUCGAAGGCUGUUUCACAUUAUACUUUAGAUAAGGUUCAACCUCGUGUUAUAUCUUUCGAAGAACAGGUAGCUAAUAUAAGGCAACACUUAGCUGAUAUUUAUGAACGUAAUCAAAAUUGGCGAGAAGCAGCUAAUGUCUUAGUUGGAAUCCCACUUGAGACGGGGCAAAAACAAUAUACCGUUGAUUACAAACUCGAAACUUAUCUUAAGAUUGCACGAUUGUAUCUAGAAGAUGAUGACCCAGUACAAGCUGAAGCGUUCAUUAAUAGAGCGUCUCUCUUGCAGGCAGAAUCUAAAAAUGAACAAUUACAGAUCUAUUAUAAAGUUUGUUAUGCGAGAGUAUUAGAUUACAGAAGAAAAUUUAUAGAAGCUGCACAGAGGUAUAACGAAUUGUCGUACAGAUCUAUCAUACACGAAGAUGAACGAAUGACUGCUCUUAGAAAUGCGUUAAUUUGUACAGUACUUGCUUCUGCAGGACAGCAAAGAAGUCGUAUGUUAGCGACAUUAUUCAAAGAUGAACGUUGUCAACAACUUCCUGCAUAUUCGAUCCUGGAAAAGAUGUAUUUGGAUCGUAUAAUCCGUCGUUCCGAACUUCAAGAAUUUGAAGCUCUUCUACAACCGCAUCAAAAAGCUUGUACUAUCGAUGGGUUGGGAUCUACUAUACUUGAUAGAGCUGUUAUCGAACAUAAUUUAUUAUCCGCUAGUAAAUUAUAUAACAAUAUUACCUUUGAAGAAUUAGGCGCUUUGCUGGAAAUUCCACCAACAAAAGCUGAAAAAAUUGCUAGUCAAAUGAUUACUGAAAGCAGAAUGAAUGGUUAUAUAGAUCAGAUAGACUCCAUUGUUCAUUUUGAAACACGCGAAACAUUACCUACUUGGGAUAAACAAAUACAGUCAUUGUGUUAUCAAGUUAAUCAAAUAAUAGAAAAGAUCGCACAAACUGAACCAGAAUGGAUUGCAAAAGCGAUGGAAGAUCAAUUAGUUCACUAAUAUCAGUCUUCGCUUAAUAAUGAAAAGAAUUCACACAUUAUAGGUAAUCUACUUUUUUGUUUAAUUCUUCAUCAAACAUUGAAUUACUCAUCAUUGUUUUAUGGUCAAACAUAAAGAUUUGUUAUGCUAGGAAAACUUACACUUUAGUAUAUAUAAAAUCUCAGUUGUAUUAUUAUUAUUAUUAUUAUUA